GAGAUAACAGUGAGAUAAGUGUAGUUAGGAAGGUGUUUGGGAAAGAAGAAUAAGAUGAAAGUUAGAUAUGUUAAGUCUGAGAGAGAUAGCUGGCCCCAGGAUAAACCACUCUCACUCGCUUUCUUUUGACCCCAAUACCUGAGUACUCUAAGUGAACAAUCUAUACUUAAUGUUAAAGAUACUGAAUGUGAUGUUUUGUUUCAUAAGUCGAGAGAAAGUGAGGAUUCGAACUACGUGGAGUUGUGUGUAUUUGUAUGUUGAGUGGGCAGGUGUAAAGGAAGGCGUAUGUACCCUGCCCUGGGUAUGUUGCCUGGGCGUAUCAGACAAGCAGCACCUCCAUCAUGACAGCAACACAAACCAAUGCUGGCCUGACAGCCCUGGAUGGCUUGCCUAAACCAUUUGUCAAUGCCAUGAGAACAUUAUUUGACAUCAUGGACGACCAGCGUUCAGGCUUCGUAAAGUUCUCAGAAAUUGAACGUCGGUGGCAAGAUGAUGGUGCCCAAGGGAUGCCCCGUGGAGUGCUGGCUAGCUUACGUAAGGUUACUCCACCUGAUGGUUACCUCUCCUUCGAGCGCUUUUGUGCUGGCCUUCAGAUUAGUUUAUUGCGCAACAAGAUGGAAGACCGACCAGUCAGCUCCUCCAGCAGUGUCAUGCCACCACCAGUAUCCUGUAUGGGUCCCCCGCCACCGCCACCCCCACACUCUCGCCCACCAUCAGCACCUCUUCUGGACCAGGAGCAACAUCCAAAACAGCCUCGAGCGACUUCUACAAUACCCACAGCUGGUUUACGCCCCGGCAUGGCUUCUUCCCAACAUGGCCGAGCUGAGAGAACAAUGUCCAUGCCUCACCUUGAUGAACCUGUCAGCCACCACGAACCAAACAGCCAUCACAACUAUGAUCCUGAUCCACGUUUACAGUCAAACAAACCGGACAUUAAGAUGGGAGUUGGAGGAAUCAUGACCCAUUCCAAGUCAGUUGGAAAUAUGCCAGGCCCCCCCAAGCCUCCCCGAGUAAUGGAUCGUGAUAGGGGAACUCACAGCUUAGAUCGUAACUUGGAAAAUCGCAGCGUGGGCGACCACAGUAGAAUGACGAGUGAUGUUCGAGCUACCCAUUCACUGGAUCGAGAUCGAGAUCGAGAUCGCUCUGAAAGAAAGUGGGACUAUGAUCGAACUGAAUGGACACACAGAGAUCGGGAACGUAGUGAACACCCAGAGUUUAGGCGUGAGCGAGGCUCUAGUCUUGAACGUCUGCUGGACACAGAUGAUAAAGGCAGUUCAGUCCCACUGGGACGGGCUGGGAUUCGAUCUGCUCUUCAGACAUGGCAUAAGGAGAGAAGCAGAGGAGACAGUGGAGAUAAUAAUAACAAUAACAAGAAUCUACAUAAAAAGGAAUUCAGAGAAUCAAGAAUAACAAUGUCAGUGGAACCUGUUGGACGGGGAGUUGGUGAUGGAGGGGACAGCACAAGGGCGAGUGUAGGGACCCAGUCUGAAGCUGUUGCUGCUGCCGCCACGGCCACGACACAAACAACAACAACAGCUGCGCCAAGUGCAGCAGCACCCACACACAAGAAGUCCAGCAGGAGGAGAGAACCUAGGAGACACACCCUUCAGAAUGGCAUUGACUGUAGCAUGUUGCGGCGCCUGAAACAAUUGGAAGCAGAGCGUGACAUGCUGAUACAGGGUUAUGAGGUUGUGGAAAGAGCACGUAACUGGUACAGACAACAGUUGCAGGCCAUAUCAGAAAGAAUUCACUACUUACCACAGGGCCCACCCAAGCAUGAACCAAGCUUAGAAGCUCAGCAAGAGAAGCUACACUUUCAGCUUGCUCGUAUUCAUGAAGUUAACGCCCAUUUGCAAGCUCUUAUGGAGGCCACAGAACAUGGUCUUCCAUCACACAUGAACCUAGCCAUAUCCACCACCACUGGUAGUCACAGGAGUACUGGUGCUAGAGGUCAAGGUCCAGAACCAGAGGAACAGGAGCGGGUCGUAGGACGACUCAAGGACCAGAACCACCUUCUUACAGAGGAAGUAAGCAGUAAAAGUGAACGCAUCACUGUCUUGGAGCGUGAAAAGGCGGCUCUCUUACGAGAAAUUUUCCAGUCACGUCCAUCCCACCACCACAUGCAAGCAGCGUCUGCUGAUUCAACAUUCAUGUGAUCAAGGAGGAUUUUUUUGAAAAGAAAAUUUUAAUGCUCAAUAUAACACGUAGGUCUUUAUUGUGAAGGAUCAAAUCCGCUCAUGGUAUGCUUAUUUACACUACUAAAGGGCAUACCUGAGAUCGUUAACUUAAGGUUGGCAUAUUAACCUGUUACUGGAUAUAUCAUCACAAGUUGGGGUCAGUAUUUUAAACUUCAUGUAUUGCUACAUCACCAAAAUAGCGCCACAUAACUUCUGCUGAAGUAUGAACUAGAAAAUACUUAGUAGUGCUUUUCAUAUUAUCAGCUCUAGAAGUAUUGUCUACUGUACAGUACAUGUAGCAGCUGUGAUCAACCUGUUAGAUACUAUAGUUGGGUUGUAGCCUUCAUGGCAUUAAUAAUAAUCAUGACAAUAUUACAACAACAGAUCGUGUUGCCCUAACUUCUUACGCAUGUUUCAAAUCCAUCGUGCGCUUGAUGACUCUUGACAGACUUCCAUUUGCUCUGGCUGUUGCAGGUCACCAAGUUCAUGUUCUUCUACUUGACCAAAAAUUUGUUUUUUGCUCAUUUCAUCCAUUCGUCUUACUUUUCGUUACUUUCUCAGAAUCACUUGUGUUUCCUCGUGAUCAUAUGAGUUGUGACUGCUGUACUGUACUCUUACAUUUAUCAAAACAUUUCAUAUUUCCUUUGCCAUUUUGCAGUGUCCCCGGUAAAUGUGAACAUACUACAGUAAUUAAGGUAUAGAUGAACGUAGGUUACUGCAGUGAGGAGUCACCGAUCUUUAUUUAAAGCGGUCCACAUUUGUGGAUACAGAAUUAAUAUUUUACUCGUUUUAUGCGUUGACACAACAGGAGUUUCCUACCUAACACCAUGCCAAUAGGUGCCAAUAAUGACUUGAUUUAUGCCUGUGAUUAAUUUUUAAAUUUAGGAAAAUCUUUUUAUUGCUUUAAUCUAGAUUCAGUAAGCUGUCUCAUGUAAAUGAGAGAGACUGAUGUAAGCAAAGUCUGGAUCGGUGAGAAUUGGAGAAGCUGUUUCUUUGCUUCGUAUAAUUUGAAGUGCCUCGUGAUCUCUGUGUAGAAUUAUUAAUUAUAGGAAAGAUGUUAGCUGUUGACUGUAUUAUGUUUUACCCUAAUACUGUACAGUAUCUCCAAGUGUAAUCAUGUUGAACAUGAUAUUAUGCCAUUCCUCAAAUGGUUAUACCACUAACCAAACACAAGUGCCACACUAACAUUAAAUGAAUCCCUCUUCUCUUACCAUUAACUCUGACAUGUUAACUUUUUAUAUUAACUGAGAAUGAACUGUCAGUAUUGUUUGUUUUUUCAUUAAUUAUAUACUUUUUUACUUUUAUAAAAGGUUUGCAAAAAAACCCUAAAAAAUGCUUGAACGUUUGAAAACAAAUGAAGAGUAUUAAAAAAUAUUGUAAUGGUGAUGCAGAGUUCAGUGUGCAUGAUAACUUUGUGAGAUGAUGUUAGGUAAAUAAUAGUUUCUUUAUUCCUCUUACAAAUUUAUAAAAUCAGUCCACUUGCAUCUAAGAAGUUGUAAAAGACAUUGAUGAACCAAGAUUUGUUAAGUGUAGUACAGUAUUUAUUAGAUACAAUUUUGAUAUUGUUUAAAUGUUUUGAAGAAAAUUUGUUAUACUCUACAAUAUUUAUACAAUAACAACAUUAGUACUGUACUGUAUUUAUUAAUUUCAAGCAAUAUUUAUAUAAGUUUAAAAAGAAUUGUAAAUGAUGUCCAAUUAUUUCAUGAGCCCAGCUAACAUCAUCUCCCUCGUCUAGCAAUAAUCAUUUUAAAUGAUAAACGGUCAACAUGACAAUGACCAGUUCACAUCGUACAUCAGGUACACCUUGUUAAGCCUGCCCAGUGCUUAGGCCUCAAUGUACUAUGUGAGUGCACAGCUUUACUCGUCCACCUUGGAACUCGGCCCAGUUGUAAUACCUCAGCAUAAUAUGGGAGUUAAUAGUGUCUUUACAUAUGUUUCUUCCAAUUCACUGUUGGGAGAGUGAUAUACAGUACUGUACUGUACUGAUAUUGUAGAAAUUAAGUUUUAUAAGUAAACAAAAGUUGUAUAUUUUCAGAGCAAUAACAUUGGAAUAGUAUAUUUAAAACCCUAAUUUAUUGUGUGAUAUAUACACACAAUAAUCAUGUAUAAAUUUAUUAAUGGGCUUUGUGCAAGUCUAUCCUUUUGGGCAUCUUUUAGAACCGUAGUUUGCAGUUAUCAUUAACUUUGAGAAAUUGUUCCAUCUACAGUUUAUCAACAAACUGAUACUGUAAUUGGCAUCAGUGUGAGUAAUAUUUAGUUAAACACUACUGUUCUUGUUUACCAUAAAUGUUAUCCUCAGAAGACUCAGCAGUGUUUGAAAUACGAAUUGUAAAAAACUUUUUACUGCUGUUUCAUGCUUGAAUUAGUUAUUAGUGGGGAAAAAUGCUUACAUAGUUAAAUUAUUUAAAAAUACCAAUGUUUUAUUAGGAUAAAUCACAUUCCAUUUAUUGUAGUCGAGUGAUAUGAUUUUUUUAUGAUUAUUCUUAACCUGGCCAAUUUAUAGCAUGAUAUAAUGCUUCUAAUGCAGCAAUAUAGCUUGCCGUCCAUAAACUGUGAUUCCAAAAAUAAAAUUCUGGUCUGACC